AGCUGUGACCAAAAGGGGGCGCUAGAAAACCUGAGCGUGUCAUAUCCUGGCGGAGCAGUGAGCAACAUUGAGGGAACAAAGGAGUAGGGAAUCAAAUGAUGGGGAUAGCCUGAUAUCCUCAAUCCGACAAACAAGAUGUCAAAACGGCCAUCCUAUGCCCCUCCCCCUGCCCCAGCCCCCACAACACAAAUGCCCACCACCCCUGGGUUUGUGGGGUACAACCCAUACAGCCAUCUGGCCUACAACAACUACAGGCUGGGAGGGAACCCCGGCGGGAACAACAGGAACUCCUCAGGGAUCACCGUUCCUAAGCCGCCCAAACCGCCCGACAAGCCGCUGAUGCCCUACAUGCGGUAUAGCCGGAAGGUAAGCAGGAAGGUUUGGGACCAAGUUAAAGCUUCUAAUCCUGACCUGAAGUUAUGGGAGAUUGGAAAGAUUAUCGGUGGUAUGUGGAGGGACCUCACUGAUGAAGAAAAACAGGACUAUUUAAACGAAUACGAAGCCGAGAAGAUUGAGUAUAAUGACUCUCUGAAGGCCUACCACAACUCUCCAGCCUACCUGGCCUACGUCAACGCCAAGAACCGUGCAGAAGCUGCCCUAGAGGAGGAAAGCAGGCAGAGGCAGUCACGACUAGACAAAGGCGAGCCCUAUAUGAGCAUCCAACCUGCUGAGGACCCUGAUGACUAUGACGACGGGUUCUCCAUGAAGCAUAUAGCAGCGGCUAGAUUCCAGAGGAACCACAGGCUGAUCAGCGACAUCCUGAGUGAAGUUGUGGUGCCAGAUGUUCGCUCAGUGGUGACCACCGCUCGCAUGCAGGUCCUCAAACGCCAAGUCCAGUCCCUCAUGGUUCACCAGAGAAAGCUAGAAGCAGAGCUUCUUCAAAUUGAGGACAGGCAUCAGGAUAAGAAGAGAAGGUUCCUGGAGAGCACAGACUCAUUCAACAAUGAGCUGAAACGGCUGUGCAGUCAGAAAGUGGAGGUGGACAUGGAGAAGCUGGCAGCUGAGAUGGCUGCUGCAGAGGAGGCAGCUCGCCGGAGAGCAGAGGAGAGAGAGAAGGAAGCAGCGGAGCAGGUGGAGAGAGCUGCUCAAGAAGAUCAGCAGGCAGGCACCACCCAGGCCGAGACCAGCGCAGAACAGACUUCCAUCAGCGAAACCAAGGAUGGAGAAGACAAGCCGACCCCUAUGGAUACGGAUGAGAAUCCUGCUGAAACAUCUGAAGGACCUCAGGAGCCAGAGCAGGGUGCCUCUGCCACACCUGUAGAGAAAGCGGCCCAACUCGAGCCUGCAGAGGGCGCCACAGAUGAGGGUACCAGCGACAGCACUGCUCCGUCUGAGAGUAGCUCUGGACCCCCAGCAGAACCUCCAGCCUCUGACAACACCCCUGAGGAGAGGCUGUCUACACAGUCACAAUAAACCCACCCACUUGCAUCUCCUGUUCAACAUUUAUCAAGUCCAUGUCGCAUGGUUUUCAUUUAAUACUAUGGCCUGGUAGUAGAGCGAGUGGAAAGAUGUAAUGAAAGAACAGCUGUACUCACCACAUGUGCUAAGCAUUUUCUUUAUCCGUUCAGUCAUGUGACGCCCUUGCUUUACUGAUCUGACAAGCUGACUGCAAAUAACUGUUUGAGUAAAAUGUAAUACUUGCAUUUUACAGACAAUGGCUUGUGAGUACUAAAAGGUUAUUUGCUAUUCCUGUUUUAUGUAACUGUGGUUAUAUUACGUUCUACCUUUGUUUCAUCUUUUGACAGUUUAGUAUGUGGGAUGUAGUGACUUUUCAGCCUACUUCCUUCCUGCUCCUUUGUUUCUUUUUUACUUCAAAUGAAGCCAUGCGUGCAGUCAUGUUUUCACACAGAUGUGCCACAGAGAGCACAGUGGAAUUAAUUCUGCUGUUAGCUUCAGUGGUGUUACAUUAAGACUUUGGGUCAUACAAUGUGUUUUUGGAUUGCUGGAAGGUAUUCCCUCAAUAAAGUGAUUUCUAUGUCUGUUUUA